AGAAGCUGCAGCACAGCGCCUCUAGGGCCGUGCAUGUGCUCACAGAGGAGGAGAGUAGUGCGCAGAGAGGUGGGAGCGCAGACACAGAGAGCAGUCAUUGUGCGUGCGGGACCGUGACAGUCCGGAGCGGCAGGACUUAGUGGAGAAGGAGCCUGUAACCGGAGCCGUCACCUGCAGCCCAAACCAACGAAAAGCCCCGCGACGGAAACAUGCGAUGUGACAGAGAUUUGCGCGCCCGCGGCUCACUUGUGCCUUUGCAAACACCUUCAGGGAGUUCACACGCUGCUGCGCGCCGACGCGGAGGCGAUGUUUAGGCGCGGACGACCGGCGGAGCCCCGCUGAGUUUGGAUGUGUGUUUUCGCAGCUCGUCCGAUGCAACAAGACCAGUUGUAGGACCGGGAGCAACUGCGACGAGGAGCUUCCGCGAAUGUAGCUUUCGGAGCGGGAGGGGGGAAAGCGAAACGCUGUACCAGCCAGUGUCUUCCCGCGGUCAUCCCGCUGUGUGUUUCGGCUUCUCGCGGUGCCGUGUGGGUAAAAAGUAGGAGAGGAUGCAGGUGAAGAAGCACCGGGACUCGGACCGGAGCGGCGGGGACAUGCUGGAAGGAGACGGCCUCCGCAAAAACUCCUCAUGCUUCUCAAAUAUCAAGAUAUUCUUGAUAUCGGAAUGCGCCCUCAUGUUGGCACAGGGCACCGUCGGAGCAUACCUGGUGAGUGUGCUGACCACCCUGGAGCGGCGGUUCAACCUGCAAAGUGCUGACGUGGGAGUGAUAGCCAGCAGCUUUGAGAUAGGCAACCUGGCGCUGAUCCUGUUUGUCAGCUACUUUGGGGCGAAAGCACAUCGACCCCGUCUAAUCGGCUGCGGCGGCAUCGUCAUGGCACUCGGCGCCCUUCUCUCGGCUCUGCCCGAGUUUCUAACCAAUCAGUACGAGAUAGGGGAAAUGCGGAGGACUGACUUAGGUCGGGAUGUUUGCUCCAACACCAGCAGCAGGGACGCCCAGCUGGCUGAGGACGCUGUGUGCGCCAACAAGGCCAACACUAACAUGAUGUACCUGCUGCUGAUCGGAGCCCAGGUCCUGCUGGGGAUCGGAGCCACACCGGUGCAGCCCCUGGGGGUGUCCUAUAUUGAUGAUCACGUGAAGAAGAAAGACUCAUCACUCUAUAUAGGAAUUCUCUUUUCUACACUGGUGUUUGGGCCAGCCUGUGGCUUCAUCCUUGGCUCGCUCUGCACUAAGUUCUAUGUGGACGCUGUCUUCAUCGACACCAGUAGGCUGGGCAUCACUCCAGACGACCCGCGGUGGAUCGGGGCCUGGUGGGCAGGCUUCCUCCUGUGCGGUGCCUUACUCUUCUGCUCAGCUCUCCUUAUGUUUGGCUUCCCUCAGUCGCUGCCGACCAGAGAGAGAGAGGAGGGUGCAGACAGCGAGCAGGUUAUGCUUCCUCCCUCUCUGAAUUCAGAAUAUGAGACUCCAAAGUCCAGCAACGGGGUGGUACGCAACCACGAGCCUGCCAACAGCCCCACCUGCUGUCAGCAACUCAGAGUGAUCCCCAAGGUGACCAAGCACCUCCUGUCGAACCCGGUGUUCACCUGCAUCAUCCUGGCGGCCUGCAUGGAGAUUGCAGUCGUGGCUGGCUUUGCAGCCUUCCUGGGGAAAUACCUCGAGCAGCAGUUCAACCUCACCACCUCCUCUGCAAAUCAGCUGCUAGGGAUGACAGCCAUUCCGUGUGCAUGCCUGGGGAUCUUCAUGGGCGGCCUGCUGGUGAAGAAGCUGAACUUGUCGGCGCUGGGAGCCAUCCGCAUGGCCAUGCUGGUCAACCUGAUCUCCACCGCCUGCUACGUCUCCUUCCUGUUCCUGGGCUGUGACACCGGACCUGUCGCAGGAGUGACGGUCACAUACGCCAACAGGACUCUGCGGGUGGGCGAGAAGCCAGAGGCUCAGUGCAUCAGUCACUGCAACUGCUUCACCUCCUCCAUCAGCCCCGUGUGCGGCUCCAACGGCGUCACCUACCUGUCCGCCUGCUUCGCCGGCUGCACCCGCACAGAGAGCGCUGAAACCACGUCGAACAUCUCUCAGAACCUGACUGGAUGUGCUUGUGUGUCCACUGAGAGUGAAUUCGCCACAGCGGUUCCUGGGAAAUGUCCGACGCCGGGCUGCCAGGAGGCUUUCCUCAUCUUCCUGUGUGUGAUCUGUGCUUGCAGCCUGGUGGGAGCCAUGGCCCAGACUCCCUCUGUUAUCAUCCUGAUCAGGACUGUGAGCCCUGAACUAAAAUCGUACGCACUUGGAGUGUUGUUUCUGCUGCUGCGACUCCUCGGAUUCAUCCCCCCUCCUCUGAUCUUUGGUGCUGGCAUCGACUCCACUUGCCUUUUCUGGAGCUCGGACUGCGGCGAUAAGGGCGCUUGCCUGCUGUACGACAACGUAGCUUACAGGCAUCUGUACGUGAGCCUCGCCAUCAUCUUGAAGGGCGUCGCCUUCCUCCUCUACACCACCACAUGGUAUUGCUUACGCAGGAACUACAAGAAGUACAUCAAAGGCCAUGAGUGCCACAUGUCGCCGGCUGAGUUUUACCCCUCUCUCACAGACGGCCCCAAACUAGUGGACAGGACAAAGUUUAUAUACAACCUAGAGGACCACGAGUUUUGUGAAAAUAUGGAGUCAGUUUUAUAGUUCCUUACGCAAGCAAAGGACAAUGUGGACAUUCUCAAAGGACUAUUUUAUGAUUUUAUUCUUCUUUUCUUGAAAGGAUAAAAUGUUUUUGAUAAAGGCAAUCUAUUUAACGGCCCGUUCAGGUCACAGGAGAAGUGGCCCUCCGCUAAACCGUCGAAAGGGUCCAUUUUAGUCGUUUAUGUAUCAGCAAGGUGUUGUCCUGUGUUGACGUGGUGGUAGAAGACGACUACAGUACUGUCUGGCCCAGUCCUAGUUGAUUAUAAGUGAGUGGACAUGAUGCUACGACAACUAUAGUUGCCAUAUUGUUUUUAGGUCUGUCAUGAUUUCAGUGAUUUGUGUGAAAAAUGACAGUUUCCUUCCAGUCAGUGCACUGUGUGUUCUGUCUGUCGCGCUCUCAAAAACGAGAUUUUUGUGAUGAAAAAGAAAAAAAAAGUUUGGGUGGUUCUUCAGUUAUUCAUAUUUAAAAGUUGCCAAGUGUUUACAGACUAAUAGCUCAUCAGUUAAUGCAUUUUGUUCCAGUGCAGGAAGGUUUGCUAUGAAAACGAGAACAGGGGUUGUUAUAGUGGCCUAUUAGAUGUUCUAACUGUCAGAAAAUCACGUCUGAUAACUUUAAACAAGAUGGUGUUUUCAUGUCAUCGUGCACUGUUCAGUUUCUCGUCCUCUUGCUGGAUCACAGGCACUGUUCUCGAUACUGUUUAGACUAGACUGUGAGGUCUUGUCUCAUAGGUGCAAAUGUGCAAUUCACACCUGAUACGUCCAUCACUAGUUCUAGUUUAUCACUAGUUUUGUGUCAGACUGCAGGUUUGUUUUUCAUGAUAGCAGUUUUGUUUCAUUUCUAUGUUUGUUUUUGCAUCUGCAGCCUAAUAUGUCUUAAUAAGGGAUUAUUCAAUAAGAAUGUUAAUUGUAUUUUCUUUGGACUUUUGCAUUUAGUGGAAGAGCAGAGAAGAAAAUCAAGAGUAAUAUUUCUUUGUGUUUUGACAUUCAAUUAAAAGAGACGAGGAGUAAUAUAUUUGUUUAAUUAGGCCCAGAAUGUUUAAUUAGAUUGUAUUUGAGAGGAGAGUAUAAAUUAUGUAUAAUCUAAUUGUCGGAGAUGUUUGUGUCUGAUGCCACAGAAGAUUUGGGACAAUUCAUAGUGAUGAUGAGUAUGUUGCAUUAUUGGGGCAAAACCAAAAAAAGAAGCAUGAUCUGUGUCUUCAAACCUGUAAUAUCUGGGAUCAAAUUUACAGAAAUGCUACAGGCAGUUGUGUGUGUCAAACAAAGUGAUCACCAAGAACACACACACACAUUUAUUCCCGGACACGUAUUUGAAGUCUUCAGCCCAUCGCACACGACCUAUAGCUCUAAUGAUCUCUCUGCAGUUACAGUUUGGACAUUGUCCCUUUUCUUACACUUUUUGUAUGGCAGCAUAUCGUUUAUUUUACUCUGGAAAUAAAUUAUUUUUCAGAAAAUAAAGAUUCCA